AUGCUUUUGUUUCUUUUUGUUUUUCUUACUGCUAUGCAUUUUCUUUCUCUUUUCUUUCUUCUCGUUUUUUCUGGUUCUGAUUCAUGUAUUUCGCGUCCAAAGAUAUUUUUUCUCUCUCACAAGUCCAAAGAUAUUUUUUCUCUCACAAGUCCAAAGAUAUUUUUUCUCUCUCACAAGUCCAAAGAUAUUUUUUUCUUUCACAAGUCCGAAUAUUUUUUUUUUUCACAAGCCCAAAUAUUUUUUUUCUUUCACAAGCCCAAAUAUUUUUUUCUUUCACAAGCCCAAAUAUUUUUUUCUUUCACAAGCCCAAAUAUUUUUUUUCUUUCACAAGCCCAAAGAUAUUUGUGCUUCUUCUUCCUCCACUUCCCUCGAUUUCUUCCUUCUCCUCUUCGUUCUUCUCGGCUUCUUCCUCUACUUCGUUCGCCUCGGUUGCUUCAUUCAUCUCCUUUUCGUUCUCUAUGGCUUUAUCUUCUUUGUUCUCAUCGGCUUCUUCCUACUCCCCCUCCUCUUCGUUCUGCUCAGAUUGUUCCUCCUCUUCCUUAUCCUCGGCUUGUUCCUCCUCUUCGUUCUGCUCGGCGUCUUCCUCCCCUUCGUUCUGCUCGGCCUCUUCCUCCCCUUCGUUCUGCUCGGUCUCUUCCUCCCCUUCGUUCUGCUCGGCCUCUUCCUACCCUUCUUUUUGCUCGGCCUCUUCCUCCUCGUCGUUCUGCUCGGCCUCUUCCUCCUCGUCGUUCUGCUCGGCCUCUUCCUCCCCUUUUCUGCUCGGCCUCUUCCUCCUCGUCGUUCUGCUCGGCCUCUUCCUCCUCGUCGUUUUGCUCGGCCUCUUCCUCCUCUUCGUUCUACUCGGCCUCUUCUCCCCUUUGUACUACUCGGCCUCUUCUUCCUCGACGUUCUGCUCGGCCUCUUCCUCCCCUUCGUUCUGCUCGGCCUCUUCUCCCUUUCCUUCUGCUCGGCCUCUUCCUCCUCGUCGUUCUACUCGGCCUCUUCUCCCCUUUGUUCUGCUCGGCCUCUUCCUCCUCGUCGUUCUGCUCGGCCUCUUCCUCCCCUUCGUUCUGCUCGGCCUCUUCUCCCUUUCGUUCUGCUCAGCCUCUUCCUCUUCGUCGUUCUGCUCGGCCUCUUCCUCCUAUUCAUUCUGCUCAGCCUCUUCCACCUCGUCGUUCUCUCAGCCUCUUCUCCCUUUCGUUCUGCUCGGCCUCUUCCUCCGCGUCGUUCUGCUCGGCCUCUUCCUCCUAUUCGUUCUGCUCGGCCUCUUCCACCUCGUCGUUCUACUCGGCCUCUUCUCCCUUUCGUUCUGCUCGGCCUCUUCCUCCUCGUCGUUCUGCUCGGCCCCUUCCUCCCCUUCGUUCUGCUCGGCCUCUUCUCACUUUCCUUCUGCUCGGUCUCUUCCUCCCCUUCGUUCUGCUCGGCCUCUUCUCCCUUUCGUUCUGCUCGGCCUCUUCCUCUUCGUCGUUCUGCUCGGCCUCUUCCUCCUAUUCGUUCUGCUCGGCCUCUUCCACCUCGUCGUUCUCUCGGCCUCUUCUCCCUUUCGUUCUGCUCGGCCUCUUCCUCCUCGUCGUUCUGCUCGGCCUCUUCCCUCCCUUCGUUCUGCUCGGCCUCUUCUCCCUUAUCUUCUGCUCUUGGCCUCUACCUCCUCGUCGUUCUGCUCGGCCUCUUCCUCCCCUUCGUUCUGCUCGGCCUCUUCUCCCUUUCCUUCUGCUUGGCCUCUUCUUCCCUCGUCGUUCUGCGGCCUCUUCCUCCCUAUUCGUUCUGCUCAGCCUCUUCCACCUCGUCGUUUCUCGGCCUCUUCUCCCUUUCGUUCUGCUCGGCCUCUUCCUGCCCUUCGUUCUGCUCGACCUCUUCUCCCUUUCUGUUCUGCUCGGCCUCUUCCUCCUCGUCGUUCUGCUCGGCUUCUUCCUCCCCUUCGUUCUGCUCAGCCUCUUCCACCUCGUCGUUCUCUCGGUCUCUUCUCCCUUUCGUUCUGCUCAGCCUCUUCCUCCUCGUCGUUCUGCUCGGGGCUCUUCCUCCCCUUCGUUCUGCUCGGCCUCUUCCUCCUCUUCGUUCUACUCGACCUCUUCCUCCCCUUCGUUCUGCUCGGCCUCUUCCUCCUCGUCGUUCUACUCGGCCUCUUCUCCCCUUUGUUCUGCUCGGCCUCUUCCUCCUCGUCGUUCUGCUCGGCUUCUUCCUCCCCUUCGUUCUGCUCUCGGCCUCUUCUCCUUUCCUUCUGCUCGGCCUCUUCCUCCCCUUCGUUCUGCUCGGCCUCUUCUCCCUUUCCUUCUGCUCGGUCUCUUCCUCCCCUUCGUUCUGCUCGGCCUCUUCUCCCUUUCCUUCUGCGAGGCCUCUUCCUCCUCGUCGUUCUGCUCGGCCUCUUCGUCCCCUUCGUUCUGCUCGGCCUCUUCUCCCUUUCCUUCUGCUUGGCCUCUUCUUCCUCGUCGUUCUGCUCGGCCUCUUCCUCCUAUUCGUUCUGCUCAGCCUCUUCCACCUCGUCGUUCUACUCGGCCUCUUCUCCCUUUCGUUCUGCUCGGCCUCUUCCCCCUCAUCGUUCUACUCGGCCUCAUCCACCUCGUCGUUCUGCUCGGCCUCUUCCUCCUCUUCGUUCUGCUCGACCUCUUCCUCCCCUUCGUUCUACUCGGUGUCUUUCUCCUUCUUUUCGGUUAUAUAUAG